AGAUGAAGUGCAGCAUACGGCUGUAAAUUUUGAAGUCAAUGUGCAUGAGAGGACGUUGUCUGGCCAGGAGACGGCUCACAACACAGUCUAAAGCUCCUAGUACAGAGUCCAUGUUUGAUCCAAACCUCGUGUUUCUCAGUUACAGAGAUCCGAACUAUGUCGUAUCUAACAAUAGCCCGAGGCUGAAUAGAUCACCGUUAACAGAGGAAGAGAUGAAAGCUAGUCCGUUUGGCAAGUAUCUGAAACUGCGAAGCAGAAGUGUUGAUUCGUCAAUCCGCAAUGGUGGCAGCACAUCACAAUUCCUUCAUCCUCCUAAAGAAGACUACCUUUAUGGAAACGCGAAACUUCUACCGAAGUGGACCAAUAAAGUAUCACCAAUGUCAGUAAACGACAAGCGCAACUUUCAACCGAGCAAAAAUUCUGCGUCACUCAAACAACUGCCAGAAGCUGUGAAUAAUGAACAAAAGAACACGACGAACGGGGUCAACAAAAGCCGCGAAAAACUUGAAAACUGGCGGCGUGUCUCCAUGUCUGCAAAUGAAAAACAACAGGAAAACUUUUUCUCAGACAAGAGAAGAAGCAUUUCUACCUCAAAUGGAAGUAUAAACUGUACAAAUUUGAUCUCCGACGGCAAUGAAGAAGAAGACGAACGAGAGCUGAUAAUCAUAAAGUUUUAACUACAAUGUGUAUCCCUUUCAGUAAAAGUUCUUCUUCUUUGUACAUGCUCAAAGCGUCAAUUAAGCCAUUCUC